AUGGCGCCUUUAAAGGACUUACUAAACCAAGACUCAACCUCCAGCUACCUCCCUUCACCGUCCAGUGAUGACGAACGUCACAACUGGUCCACUCUGGGCAGAAGCAGCAGCGGCUCGUCUCCAAGCGAGACUUCCGGUUCCGACGACGAUUCUACCGGUACUCUAGUUUGCCAAUGGGACUCGUGCGGGCAACGUUUCUCACAGCCAGAGAUACUUUACGACCAUCUAUGUCAAGACCACGUUGGACGUAAAUCUCAGAAAAAUUUGCAACUCAACUGUCACUGGGGCACUUGCACCGCCAAAACGGUCAAGAGGGACCACAUCACGUCGCAUCUACGGGUUCACGUCCCUUUGAAACCAUUUUCUUGCUCCACCUGCAACAAAAAAUUCAAGAGACCCCAGGACCUCAAGAAACAUUUGAAAGUGCACCUAGAGGACGAGGGUAUCGUCAAACGUAAACGUGGGCCCAAAGUGGGCUCCAAGAGGGUCGACAAAUCCCACCCCAGGUCCGAGCACGUACGUUUGCCCUCUAUCGCCUUCGACAACUUCGUCACCACGGAAAUGAGCCACUACAAACCCGUUUACACCCCACAACUCGGUGAGCGCUUGCAAACCCUGCUACCUCCCCCUGCUAACCCAGUCUCAGGCGCUGCUGCUCAGCAGUCCAUCUCCUCCAACCCCAUGUUCACCCACGGCCAACUCUCGGGUCCACAAGAUAUUAGAUCCGCUGUCGGAUUCUUCAGUGCUCUUUCCAGCGACAUGACCAGAAGACUGCCCCGCCUCCCUCAAAUGAGCAUGUCACCUUCCGCUGCUCCUGUCACAGCCCGCUAUCCAGCGGUGUUACAACUCCCUCCAAUCCACACUUCUAUGCCAUACCCUGUUGCACCAUCUUCUUACACUGGCGCUCCAUUCGUAUCGUCAAGAUUGGAUUCUCACAACAGAGUGCCACAAUUUAGCACCGGUGACACCUUCAGCGUUCACCAGCAAAGUUCAGGAGAGGCGCAAGAAGACUCAGAAGAUAUCUCAGCCCUCCUGUCGCACUUGGAGUUGGGCGAUAACCUUGACGAAGAAUUUAUUGGAACUCUCGAAAAGGUCAAUGCAAUUAAAGACUACUUGAUCUGUACUCUGUUAGAGCAAGAAUAUUCUGAGGUUUCUUCCGAUCCUGAGCAAGACGAGCUAGUUGCUCCUAUUAGGGCCUCUACCACUCUUUCCAAAUAUCCUACCGUUGUCGUCUGA